AUGGCAGGUGGCAAAGGAGUCUCCACGUUCCCUUUGGUCCGGAUCUCGCCUCCGCAUAUCAACGUCGACCUCCACAAUUCAUUCGAUGAAGUGACCCAACGCACGGUGGAUCAGAUACUUUCAGACGAGGCAAGCUUUGAGAACAGCUUUGACGAUUAUAGCGGUAGCGAUGGUAUAAACGGAGAGGAUGACAUGGCACAAAGCGGGGGUCACCACACCUCGGCAUUUACCGCUGCUACGCAAUCUGCAAACGUGGACUCGCCUUACUUUCCAAGCAAAAAGCGCUCGAAGACCCAAAAAGCGGCACAGAGACACAUCAGUCGCAUGGACUCGAAUGACGAUGAAAAUGAUACCGAGUCUAGUACGAGUGUGGUUGGGCCUAAUGGACACACGCUCGUCGAUGAUGGCGAAACUAUGGAUGACGCCUCUGAGGAGGACAUCGUCUUCGCGUCUGUAGACCUAGAUAAGAGGAUGGACCUGCUUACCUUUAUCAGCUCACACCCGUUCAUGAAGAAAGGCGAAUAUCCUGUACUACGAUCUGCGCGACGAAGCUUCGUUCGUGAAUUACGUCGAAAGAGUCGAUCGCUUGGUAUGAAAGAGGCUGAUCUAGAAAGGCUGGUUGCAUAUGUCAAGAAGAUCUACCUUGAGCUGUAUGGGAAUGGCCAGAUGAGUCUGGAUGGUUCUGGAUUUGGCGAGGAGAUCAAGGAUGGGCAAACAAGCCCACCGAAGUCGUCUAACAAGGACAACAAGAGGAAGCGAGGCGCCAGCAAUGAUCAGGUGACAACAUCGAAACAAGAGGAAAAGAAGACUACAUCGAAGAAAAGAAAGUCGCUCGAACCAAUCGCAAAUGGACACCGUAAAAGGUGUGAAACUGAUGGUCCGGACGCAAACAUUUCGACAGCGAAGCCUCCCACGUCUCAUUCCAAGAUCAGCGAGGAAAGAACUACAGAUGCCACUAAGGGCAUGCCGGCAAUUACUAUUGAUCUAUGCCCGAGUGGUAACGAAAGUCCCGAGCCAGACGCCACGCAGAAUGUCCCGGUCAAAUCUCCAAUUGCUGGACAGGCCGCAGAGAGACAUAAUGAUGAGAAUCACAGACUUCCAUCACCGCCACAUUCUGAGGAAGGAUACAAACAAAGCUCCGUUGAGAAAAAGACCACUCAAUCCGAGGAGGCGAAUGCUGAAACACUCCCAUCGCAGCAAGCAUCAAUUAAAAGGUCCAUGACACUUCACUCCUCUCCCAAAUUCCCAGGCCAGCACACCAUUCGUGAUUCGGAGGACGAGGAGGACGAGGGUGAGGAGGAUAAGAAGACUGGAUCAUCUCAGCCUGUUUCGGCGAAAGAUGAACUCCCCUCGGCUACGCAAGCCAAGCAGCCUGAAUCCCUGCAGAGCUAUAUAACGCAGCAUCCCGAUCGUGUGCUGUCCAAGAAAGAAAAGAAUAGAAGGAAGCGUGAUAAUCGCAAACAGCGAAAGAAGAAACAUUUUCGCGCAAGCCUUACGAACACUGAACAUGUCGCAUUGACGACGAGUGCAGAUGACAUUCAACAAGGCCGUGAUUCUAAAGCAAAUCAAGCAGCAAAGCCCAAUACCAUAGAGGUCGAUAAUCUUUUUAUCUUGGACGAGGCAUUCUGGAAUCUGGAGGAUUUUUAG